AUGGUUUCAGAAUUUAAAUUUGAAUCCAUUCAACAAUUACAUGAAAUGAAAUGGAAGAAGGAUGAGAAGAAAUUGAAUGAAUUGAAACAACAAAUUGAAAAAUAUGGAGCACUUGACUUAUCCGUGGGUGCUGUAGUAUCAAAUACCUUACAAGAAAGAUCCAAUGAAUGGUUUUAUGAUGAGUCCAUGACUACAGUUUCUAUUCACAACACUGCAGUCAAGAUCGUCAAAAUUAGGGGCGAUUUUGAUGAUCACUUUGUUUUUAAUAAUACCAAGAUGGACAAUUGA